AUUUAUCUUGUUUUAACACAUGACCUUGAAGAUCUUCAGGCACUACGAAAGGCACAUCGUGACAAAACUUCCAGUUUUUAUUUUUAUAUGUUAGGGGUGAUGAAACGUCAGAGGCAAGUGCCGAACGGAUUCACAAAUAAAAUAAUAGGAAUGGACGUAUACCCGACUUUCGUUUGCGAGUUGUUAUUCCAAAGAAAAAAGUUGAAAUCAUGGUUGGUGAAAGUUGUCGAAAUGGAUGCUGAAGAACGACUAGAAAGGGAGAUAGUCAAUUACAAAAUCAAAGACAUUAAUUGUGAAAUCAGAGAACAAUUUAAUGACAUAGAUCUAUUCGCUAUUCAAUCAAUUGGGUACACGAAACUUGCCUUGUUUGUAUUUGAUUUAGUAGACGGAAUAGCUAUAAGAAAGGGUCGCAAAGAACUAUAUCCAAUUUUUAGCAACACAUCUGAGUAUCACCAGAUACUUCCAAAUUAUGUUACACCACUUUCACCUCCACAUAAUUUAGCUUU